AUGGCGAAAACGUAUUUAUUUAUUCGUCAAAAGGCGACACUUCAGGGCUGGCUUUAUCGCAUCUCGCUGAUAUGCUUUCUCAGCAUAUUUAUAGCGUUGCUAGUGGCUACUCCUAUCGAUGUUGUUCACCAGUCUGGGACCUCUGGGCAGUUUUGGGACGCAAUUAUUGUACUAAUAGCAUAUGCUCUAACAGUUGUGAUCGCUAUUUUCUUGUAUUUGGUCAGGUUGAUUCAAGUUCGAACGUCACUAAGUGAUAUUCCACGAAGAUAUGUGAUGCGGAAAGAUGAUGUGUCUGAACGGUGUGCCAGCCGAAUCCGCAGUGAACUGGCAAGAUGUGCCACUAUUGUCGAAGAAACACUUCCUCAAUCAGAAGAUAUUUCACAUCCAGGAUUACGGAAUCCAGAUUUCACCGAAGGAUCAAUGGAUAUACCCUAUGAGGAGAUAGCAGCGGCUUGCAGCACGAUCGUGGAACUCAAGUCCAAAAGUCUCCAUCCAACGUUUGUUCGUCCAAGAGGCAUGCCAUUACGAGAAUAUCUGAUCCUAUUAGAAUCAUACGAUCUACUGGAUUGGUCAGAACAUACCGAUAUGUUUCUAGAUUUACAUGAAAAAGCGAGGUUCUCUGCCAAACCUCUAGAAGAAGACGAGUUCAAUGAUUAUAUUGAAAGCACAAUUCACCUCCUAUACUCGAUCAAAGUUCGCGAAGAGCUCAAAUCAUCAGUACCAGCUACUGGAAGUAACAUUAGUGCUGGUCUUGCGAACGGUACUGACAGUAAUCUCGGUAUCAACAGCUCUCCACAUCAGCAUCUACAGCAGCAUCACCAGUACCCGACAAGUCAGAAGCAGAUUCAAAACCAGAAUCCAAAUGAAAACUACAAUCAGAACUACAACCAGAGUUACAAUCAGAGUCACAGUCAGAACCAUAGUCAGAACCCGGACCAGACGCUACAUCCACCCAACAGCGUCCAGUCGUUUGUCCAGCAACUCAACCAACAGCUUCUCAACGCACAAAACCAGACGCCAUAUCAACGAAACGGCAGUUAUAGCAGCCACAAUGCCAACCGCGAGUCGGUCAGCUCGAGCUCGCAAGCCCCCUACCCCUACAACGUGACAUCAAUCCGCCAGUCGUACCCCCAUUCGCAACGAUCUCAGCAAAACCAGGCUCCUCUAAGUCCGAAUCUUCACAGCAGCAACCCGACCCACAGUCGAAGCCACAGUCAAGUCCAAACCACGAACUACAACCAGGGAAAUCCAUACUCCUCCUCAGCCACUGGCACAAGCCCGUACACCGGAAACUCGCCCGCUUUGACGCCAUGGGACUUCCACAACCCCCAAUACACCACCCAACCGACGUCUUGCAUCCACUCCCGCGACAACUCGUCCCUUGCAGCGAGCCCUCUCUUCACAGGCCACCCACACCCGAACCGCCACCCCACCACGGGACUCUACCCCCUCAGCAGUCUCUCCCAAACAAGCGGAGGAGUCCUUCUAUCGCCGUCACGAACUCGCCAGUCACACGACUCACAAGACAGCGACGUCGGCAGCGUCAUUAUCCACUACUACGACUAG